GCCUUCUUUUUUUGUCCAGCCUCGUCUUCUUUGAUUCACGAUAUCUUCAACCUAACAGCCGCCCUUCGUCUAUACAUGGACAAUUGUACGGACCUGCACGUCCGAAUUUUCGACGCGACUAUAAACAAGCUUUGAAAACAAGCAACAACCGAUCUCUCGCUUCUCCCUUGAACAACAAUCAAUCCAUCACCACCACCCUGUUGGUCAUCCCACUUUCCCGUUUUCUCUGCGCACCCGAACCGCAUCUACAUAUUACACUAGGUUUGCGAUUCAUAACUGCGCACCACCUCACUCUCACAUUUCUUUGCACACACCAAUCUCUCAAACGUAGCACAUCACCACUUGCCCACCAUGGACACGGCAACUGACGUACCAAAGAAAAGGAGAGCGCUGCCCUUCAAGCGCACCGUUGCACGCACACCAGCCAACGAGCCACCCCCAAGCCAUGCGCCAGAGCACAAUUCUGACCAAGAUGACCCUCUCGCCCUCUUUCGGCGAUCAAAGGAUGUUUUCCCCAUGGUCCUGGAGGACCUGCAGCGGGCAUCAUCAGAGGAAAAGGUGAAGCCUUCCGAGUCGCCAAAGGAAGGGCAUGUCAACAAGAAAAGGAGGGUGUCGUCCAAUGUCGAAGGUGACAAUGAAGCACCUCUCGGCGCCAGCUCUUCGAGCGUAUCAGCACUGAGUAGGACGUCUGCAUCGCGCGUUGACUCCGACGAUGACGACCUGAUCAUGGACGUCAAGGGUAAAGGGAAAGAGAUCGUACGGCCCGACAAAGCCCGGGUACCGACUCCCCGAAAGCCUCUUUCAACCACACCAAGAAAGUCGGGGACGCCAUCCAAGAAACGCUUCGCCUUUAGCGACGACGAAGACGAUCAUGGGAAGGACGACCUGUACUCCCCACAUUCAAAGCGCCGCAACCCCGACCGCUUCUCUCCAAAACCUACCGCACUCGGCCGCAGCACCCGGGCCACUCAGCGCGGCAGGUCGCCGCUGGAAGGUGUUGAGACCUCCUUCAACCUCCCCGGCGCAUCCUCCACCUCCAAGAGGAAACCUUUUCAACCCGCUGCCCUCGACUCCGACAACGACUCGGACCUCGAAGUCUCCGAAGUCCGCCCCAAGAAGCGCUCCGCUUCUUUCUCAUCUUCUCCACCACCAGCACCAUCCGCAACCGACCCAGAUCAUGAAGCCACUAUCGUCGCCGAUAAGGCCGACGACGACGAUGAUUUUGCGAAAUGGGUCACCAAAGCCGCGGCGCUAGAAGCCGACCAGGCCAACUGGACAAUUGACGUGCUAGUCACUUCGCGAAUGCCACACACCAAGCCGCUUACUGCGCGGCGACGGAUGAAGCAAGGUCUCAAGCUGAUUUUAGACACGUGGAUCCGACAGCAGGUGCUCCACGGUUGCGAAAUCCCCGAGGACAUGGUGGGCAAGCUGUUCUUGACGUUUAAAGGGAACCGAAUUUACGGCAACAGCACCAUUGCUUCGUUGGGAGUCAAGGUGGACGCCAAUGGCGUGUUGCAGCUGCCUCCUGGUGCCAUGACGAGCCGAGAGGCCAUGGAGGGGUAUGUCAUCCAGGGGGGAAAAAUUGGACUGGUGUUGGAGGUUUGGCACGAGGAGUUUUAUGAGGAAGAGCUUACGAAGGAGAAGAGGCGGAGGGAGAGGGAGUUGGGGCUGAUUGACGAUGACGAUGACGAAGACCAGCAAAGCGGAACUGGUGUGUCUGGUGCCAAUGGAUGGUCCAGAGGUGGCAGUGAGGCUGCUGAGGUCAAGAAGACCAAGAUCAAAGUGGUACUCAAGGCCAAAGACCUCCAACCGCUCAAGAUCGCGGUUUAUGAGGAUACGCCGGUCAGUACCAUGGUGCAGGUUUUCCGGAAGCAGAGAGAUAUCAAGCCGGAGCAGACUGUCGUGAUACAGUUUGACGGCGAGGAGCUGAACGAGAACAUGCUGGUUGGGGCGAUGGACAUUGAGAGGGACGAGACCAAUCAGUUUGAGGUCUACAUCAAGUAGUGUAUGACCUGGAGAAUAAACAUGGAGACUGGGUUUUGGGAGACGUUAUUCGCACAUUUCUUUAGCUGUUAUGGGGUUGGAGUUUACCGGGCUUAUUCGUCAGGCCUACGAAAUCGGCGGUGACUAGUGGAUUAUUGUUUUUGCUUAAAGUUGUGACAGAUGAUUACGGAGUUUGGAGUGUUGCAAGUCCUUCCAGGACACGGUUCAUGGUGCGGAGGUGGUACCCUAGCUCUUCAGAAGAUACCCAUACGUAUAUCACUUUUUGCUACGUCUUGC